GAGUAAUUCCAGAGCUUCACUAAUCCCCCCCAAUCCAACCUCAUUCUCAAUUCUCAAUACUCUGGAACUUCUCACCCCAUACCUUUCAUCAUGGUAAGCUUCAGACACUCGAUCGCUUGAGGAUUACCCCAAACCAAGCUCCUAAAGCUGACCUAUUUAGACUUCCAUUGGGACGGGUUACGAUCUCACGAACUCAGUCUUCUCACCAGACGGACGGAACUUCCAGGUUGAAUAUGCAGUCAAGGCAGUAGAAAAUGGCGGUACAUCGAUCGGUAUCCGGUGCAAAGAUGGUGUUGUUCUUGCAGUUGAGAAGGUCAUCACCAGCAAACUGCUGAAGGCUGGAGCCAACAAGCGCAUUGCUACAAUCGACAGACAUAUGGGUGCAGUAUCCUCAGGUCUUGUACCAGAUGGCCGACACUUCGUUUCCCGCGCACGCGAUGAAGCAGCAAGCUGGCGAAAAACAUACAAGACCCCAAUCACAACUAAGGACCUCGCAAGCCGAAUGGGUGGUUAUCUCCAAGCCUAUACACUCUACUCCUCCGUUCGACCAUUUGGCGUCACCACGAUCGUUGCAGGCUGGGAUUCGGAGCUCGAGCUUCCUGUUGACGGACAAGUAGGCAGUGGCCCAUCGAUCGGUUCAGGAGGAAAGGUUGAGGGAAAGACAUAUGGUGGACCAGGUCUCUACAUGAUUGAGCCGAGUGGACAAUACUGGGGAUACUACGGUGCUGCUACAGGAAAGGGACGUCAAACCGCCAAGGCUGAGAUGGAGAAGCUAGAUCUGGCCGCAGGAAAGUUGAGCUUGUUGGAUGGUGUCAAGGAGGCUGCAAAGAUCAUCUACACCGCACAUGCCGAUAACAAAGAUAAGGAGUUCGAGUUGGAGAUGACCUGGAUCAGCAAUCUUGACGGGCCAACAAAGGGGAGACAUCAAGAGGUGCCAAAGGAGUUGCUGGAAGAGGCAGAGAGAUUAGCGAAGAAGUCGUUGGAAGAUGAAGAUGAUGAGGAGGAGACGAAGGAGGAUGAUAAGCCGGCGGAUGAAGAUAAGAUGGAGGAAUAGACGUGUAGGUGCCAAAAUCACCCUGUAUUAACACAUACCUUGGUUUGCUGGGCGCUGGGAGAAUAAAUGAAUGGUCACGCAGCAUUUGGGCUCGGCAUAUAAACUCCGAUGAACCUAGAUAUUUGCAUCUAACUGUUGAUUAUACUGUUGGUUUUGGUUUCCCACAAUGGUCUGAUCGGAGUGGAGAUACUAUUCCCGCCAAGUCAGGUACACCUGCAACUCCA